AUGUACAGGACUCCCGCAGACUCUGCCAUUUUCCAGGGUUCAAGGAUUCCGGCAGCCGAUGCAACCCAAAUCCCGGUUUUGGCCUCGGAAACGGCCAUCCACAGCCUCCGUCGGUCCAGUCAUCCCAUCGCUGAGCCCUUCUUCCAGUCUCGAGCCAUCAUCCGAACUCGCCUCGGCACUAACCACAUUGUCGGGGUUUGCUGGAAACAAAACAUGGCGCACGCGCUCGCUGCUGGUCAAUGCAUUGUGGCGUCUGAGGCGGCAGGACAUAUCAACGUUUCCGAUAUAUCGAUUUGA